AUUAACGCAAUAUACGUCUCCAAACAAUUCGGCUGCGUUUUAAUAGUAGAAUAGAAGAGACUGGAAGGAAUUAGCAUAGAGAUUUGCCAAUUCACAUUCAGUCAAGUGCAACAACUGUGCUCAUCAUCAGGACCUGUGCUGACGUCAUCCGGGCUUUAGGGCGGUCGCCCAGAUUGCCUGCGCGGAAAUGUGGCGCGCGCACGCGCGUAUAAGUGUGUGUUAGGGAGAGCGCGCGCGCGCGCGCGCGAGGGGGGUGGGGGUGGGGGGUCGCACGCGCAUUCUCUCGCCCCCAUCAUCAGCCGUUACAACCGCCGCCACACGCGCUCACACACUCCGCCAUCCUGCGCGUGACGGCUGCUUGUAGCUAGCGACGCUAAUGGGCGCUGCUGCUGCGUUUUAAUUCAUUCAUUCAUUCACUUAUUCAUUUAUUUGACCCCUUUUCCUUCUGCACUGUGAUGUUCAGACGAUCUGAUUGUCGUUCGAAGUGACGGAAUUAGCACCUCGCUGCACCGGGAGCCGCCAUGGAGUGCCGCGUCCUGUCCAUCCAGAGCCACGUCGUCCGGGGAUACGUCGGCAACAAGAGCGCGUCGUUCCCGUUACAGGUUCUAGGGUUUGAGGUGGACUCCAUUAACUCGGUCCAGUUCUCCAACCACACAGGUUAUUCCCAUUGGAAGGGCCAGGUGUUGACAGCAGAUGAGCUCCAUGUCCUGUACGAGGGAAUCAAACUGAACAACGUUCACCACUAUGACUAUGUUUUAACAGGGUACACCAGAGACACAUCCUUCUUGGAGAUGGUGGUGGACAUAGUUCAAGAGUUGAAGCGAGCCAACCCCAACCUGGUGUACGUAUGUGACCCCGUCCUCGGUGAUCAUGGAUCUAUGUACGUUCCCCAGAAUCUUUAUCCGGUCUAUAAGAACAAGGUGGUUCCCGUCGCUGACAUUAUUACUCCCAACCAGUUUGAGGCUGAAUUACUGACGGGGAAAAACAUCAGCACAGAGAAAGACGCCGUAGAGGUGAUGGACCUUCUGCACGCCAUGGGCCCGGACACAGUGGUCAUCACCUCCUCUGAUCUGCCGUCCAGACUGGGAGACCGGUUCCUGGUGUCGCUGGGCAGCCAGCGCAAAGUUCGUCCAGACGGCAGCAGGACAACACAGAGAGUUCGAAUAGAAGUUCCCAAAGUGGACGCCGUCUUCGUAGGAACCGGAGAUUUGUUUGCUGCUAUGCUGCUAGCGUGGACACACCACUACCCUAAUGACCUAAAGACGGCCUGUGAGAAGACGUUUUCAGUGAUGCACCACGUUAUCCAGAGGACCAUAUCUUACGCUCACAAGUUAGCCGGUCCCGGUCGGAGGCCCAGUCCGCCUCAGCUGGAGCUGCGGAUGGUUCAGAGUAAAGCGGACAUCGAAGACCCUGCUAUAGUCACGGAGGCCACAGUCAUAUCCUAACAUUACCGACCCAUAAGACUCAUACUAACCUUGUGCUCUUCACCCAUAAAUCUCUCAAAGUUCCUGUAUCUCGGUAAAAUCUCUCAUCACUGUAAAACCUUGUUGGUCGUUUCCUAACUUCGACACCUCGUCAUCCAGACUCCUUAAAGCCCUUAGUAUUGUAACCCCUUAAGUCCUUUAACCCCCCUCAGUGUCCCCCAACCCCUUAAACCGAACCCUUCACCCUGUUACUCCUACGCCCCCCUUGACCCAAACCCAGUUAUUGGAACCAGAGCCAUGGACAGACAGAGGGUGUGGUCGGGUUGGACUGUGGUGGCCUCUGCUCUGACAGGGUGUGUGAGUGGACUGCACGGCUGCUGCUUUAUGGAAAGCUGUAGGGUUAUUGCUCUGAUUUCAUACUUCUACACAAGAAUUAUUACUAGUAGUGUAGGGAUGGGAGGAAAACGUUGAAAAUCUCAGUCAUUAUCAUGGAAGACUUGGAGAUGGAGAUGUCAAUUUUUUUUAAGGAAAGGUUGACUUGGUCCUUGAGGUUCGGCUCGGACUAGUUCUAGUAAUUAAUGGUGUUAUCCUAAUAUUUAGUGGGGAGUGAAUAAAGAAGGGGAGCAAGAAAAAAGAAAUGAAGUGCGAGGCGGCUUCUGUCAAAAGUAUUUUUUUCCCCGCUGUCAAUUCACGUUUAAAAAUACCGGAACUUAAUGUAAUAAUACUUAAUAUUAUAAUAACAUAUAUAAUAACAGGGAAACUUCCUGGAUUAGUUAUCAGUGUGUACACAUUGUUACGAUGUUUUAAAAAUAUAUAUAUUUCUCAUUUUGUGGGAAUGAUUUGUUGUUGCAUUUGGAAACAAGAAAGUAUUCAUCAUCCAAAAGUGACCCAAAAUCAAAAGGGAAUUGAUUCCAGCUACUGAGAGUUUCAGUAUGUAAAAACACUGCCUUCUUCACUGCUCUACUACUGCCACUGCACUCCGCUCACAUACCCGGUGUGUUUCUGACAGUGUUGCACUCCAGCGCUGGUCGUCCGCACCAGUUGCCAAGUAGCAGGAUCGCAAACUGGUCGUCCUAUAAAAUUGUAAUGAUCGGACGCUGCUGAUCUAUGGCUCUGCCCACAACUAACUUCCACCCCCCUCCCCCCGUCUUACAGCAGUGAUGUAACGUGACCAAGUCUUAACCCCCCCAACCCCUUGACAAUAAUUACAAAGGAGAAAAAAAACGAAGAAAAAAAAACGCACAAUGUAUAGUUGAUGUAUAGAUGUUGUACCAUAGCUGUAUUGGACCAUCUGUAAGAUAUCUUCUAUCUGAUCUGUCUAUUGGACCAUUGUGUUGAUGCUACUGUACUAUAGACCACACACGCAUUACAAUAUCACCCAAACCAGAGACGUCUGGGAUGCUUCUGGCACUCUGGGGCGGCUCCAGCGGCUCCAGUCGUUCUCACUAGUUCGUUAUAGGUAACUGUCUAAUAAUCAUAGUAUAUAGUCAGACCUCUUUCAUCUCCACACAAAAGAAAAAAACGGUUAACCUGGAGCCGUCGGAGCCGCCGUCCUCGGGCCGAUUUUACUCGCAGUGCGUCGUCAGAAAAUCGGCCACUGCACCUCGGUGCCAGAACCAACCCCCCAUCCCGCCGGGCGGUUCCCGGCCCAUCUCUGGCCCAGAACCCUAUAUCUGAGCGUUGUGCCACUGAAUUUACUGGAGGCCUCGAGAAGUCGUAGGAGACCCCUCCUCGUCACAGCAGGAGCCCCCCCCCCUCGUCCGAUAGCAGCCCUGCAAACGUUUGUCGUGGAAAAUUGUAUUUUUGGUUCAUUUCACACUCUUACUGUGGACAGAAAUGACGACGCCAGGUCGAGUUUCAGUUUAUCCAGUUUAUCCAGUUUAUCCAGUUGGAUCUGAACAUGUUUUUAAUCAUGUAACCGUUUUUGAAUUUAGAAAAUCAAACUUACCCGACACAAUCCUGUCGCCCAGUAGAUAACUCGCCUCUAAAAGAAGCCAACCUGCUGCUUGAAACAGUGGCGAAGUCUUCCCCCUGCUGCUCCGACUCAGCACAGUCACUCUAAUGUCUUCAAUUACAGUAUUUCUUAAUGCCCAUCAUAAUUCCGUUUUUCACAGUGGAGCGUGAUGGGAAAGAGGUGAUGAGAACAUGACUUGCGACGGUGGUAAUGAGCCGGUUUCAAACCAAUGAUGUUGCAAGAACUUGGCAUGUGCCUUAGCCCGCUGAGCUACCAGGGCACCACCGAAAAUGAGAUUUUAAUGAGAUUUUAACCUUUUUAAGUCGCCUUUUUUCCCCCCCUUCCCCUCCCUCUUCGUUGUUUCCUGAUUUGAAUGUUCGGUAAUCUUUUUAACGACAGGAAACGGCACCAAUUCCAACAUACACUUAUGGAAAACCAAAUAACCGGAGGCCCCAAAAAGAAAAAAAAAAGAAGCUAAAUAGAAAUUCCAGAUGUCGUCAGUGUCCCACCCGAGCUGGAUGUAAGGUUCUGGGCAGGCCAGUGUAAUUCUGUACUACUGUUGUUUCUCUAUGGACUGUGCUGUGAUACUGCCUUAGGAACCUAUGACAUCAUAACGCCACAAUACUGCUCGAGGAAGAGGAGGGAGAGGAAGGGGAGGAGGAGGAGGGGAAUGUGAGGUGUCUUACAUGUCGUGUCCUUCUGACUGCACAUUUCUGUCCCGCAGUGCAGCUGAGGCUGUUUCAAUCUAUGAAAAUAUAUUUAUUAGUGCGGCGAGGGAUGAUUUUUUUUUUUUCACUAUCGAUUAAAAUGAUUUGACAGUUUUUUUUAUAUUAACCGAGUAAUUGUUAACAGAGUUUUUUUCUUCCAAAUAUUUCCAAACACAGAAAAGCAGCAAAUCUUACAAUUUCGAGAAGCUGGUACCUGCAGGUCCUCAGCCGUUUUGCUUGAUAAAUAGCGUAAACAAUUAAUCGAAAUAGUUUUCUUUGUCGUUUUCUCUAAUGGAUUUCUCAUUUAAGAAAAUCCUUUUAACUUUUUAGAGCAGACACUCAGUGGUCAACUUCCUCUUGGACUGAUGGUGUUGGGUUAAAAGAAAAAAGAAAAAGGCAGUCUCACUCUUGAAAUUGUAGUCAAUAUUGAUUUUUGUACCAGUUCAGUCAAAUAUUGUGCUGCUGUAGCACGGAUUGUCAUAUCGGCGACAGACUGCUGCGUCCGGUGCAUUCGGCCAACCGGCUUUCAGCUCCGCUAUAAUCAACGUGUGCACUAUCCAAUCCUCUGCUUCCCGCUAACGGACCAGUCAGCUGUACUAUUGGGCCAAAAUGUGUCGACCUGUUGUGUCCGUGCCUGUUGUGUGUGGGAGAGUGUGUGUGCGUGUGUGCGUGUAUAUAAAUGUCUUUUAUGGUCACAGGGUUAUUUUGUGUGUAUGUGUGAAAUGAAAGAGGAAAAACCCUGAAAAGUAAAACUAACAAGGAGGAGGAGGGUUAUAAAAAAAAUGGAAAAAGACAGGAAUAGUGUACAUGAGGAGGGGAGGUGAGGUACGUUCGAGAGGACAAUCAUUCUGUGAUGGCACAAACUGCUGAAAUUGGAGAACUGCCCUGAACUUGUUGACAUCCUUGAUGUCUGCUCGCUCUCUUCCUCCCCUUCCACCCAUCCACGCCCGGAUACAGUAUCUCCGUCCACCGCUCCACUUGCAUCCAAGCGCCAGUUGUUGUGUCUGUGCAGCUAGUUCAAGCCUCGCUGUGUGUUUGUGUGUUAGAUGGUUACACUGUACCCCCGGCCUCGCCUCUAUCUCCGCUCCCUCUCUCUGUGUCUUUGUUGAUGCAGCUCAACUAACCCCGCACUCUUGUCUAACAGAGAGAUGCUGUUACCUACUCUGCUUUCAUCAACUUACAUAAGAACGAAGGGACAUGGCUGCCUUCGGGCCUGAUCGACAGCACGCGGUUUCAAGAUGGCCCACGUCGCACUGUCCAAAUAAAAGAGCAGGCCAAAGUGUCAGUAAACCCCAAUACUCCCGCUUAUUUCCCAAGUGUUGCCAGAAAAUGAUGUUGCUGCUAAAUAGCGAACUUUCUCCAUCGGCCCACUUUCGGCCUGAGCAGGGAGCAGUUAGGGUGUGAGUUUGGGUUUUUUCUGCCUAGUAAGUUAAAGGAAUUCACUGAAAUCUGCCAGAGUUUGGAUGUUUGAAUUUGCGUGGGAAUAGCAGCUCCGGCUCAUCUAACUCCAGUAUGUGCUAAGAAUAUUGGUAAAUGACGCUUUAAGGUUUGUGGAAAUGUAGCUCUACAACUUCACGAACCAUGAAGGUUUCGUUUGAAGGUUUUUAAGGUUGACUGGAGGCUGGAUGGUCAAAACAAAAGCAGGACACUAAUCCUGUCUGUAAUUAGUCUGUAAUUUAGAUGGUUGAAAGUGACCCAGCGAUGUCCACGCUCGUGUCCCCUCCUUCAUAUUCUCCCUCCUCUUUGUACCUGUUGUUAUGGACCCCAUCCUCCCCUCAUCCCCCGUCCCAAGUUUGAUUACAAAAUGCCUGCCACUAACAACUGCACCGUCCGUCUCCGAACUGUGGUCCUCUCCUCCUGAUCUGAUCGACCGGUUUCAUCUUCGCCAUCUUGUUUUUUUCUUUUCUUUUCUUGUUCUCGGUGGCCAAAAACAAAAACAACAAAACGAGGAAAUGUAAUAAUCAUUGUUUGGUAACUGUUUCUAGUGCUAUGUUUUUUGGAGCGUUACGAGUAUUUUCUAACAUGUUACAAUAAAAGAUUGUAGUGUACAAAUUCACGUUUAUAAAAUAUAUAUAUAUAUAGAUAUAUAUGAGAAAUGUAUGUUCUAAUGCAAUAAAGAGAGAUUAAGAAUUAUGAAAGUUGGAUCUAAU